CGCGCAGGAGGAAAGGAAAAAUUGAAAUUGAAAUUAAAAUCGCAAUCGCAAAGGAAACACGAUGGCUGCUUCCUCGCCGGCACCGAGCAGCACCGCCUCCGACUCAGGUCACACGCCCGGCAGCGCCGCCGCCGCGUCUGUGCAGCGGACAAUUGGAAUCCAACCUAGAACCCAGCGCGGCCUCAACAAACCUAAAUGUAUCCAGUGCGGCAACGUCGCUCGCUCCAGGUGCCCUUUUCAGUGCUGCAAAGGUUGCUGCUCAAGAGCCCAAAAUCAAUGCGAAAUUCAUGUUCUACAAAAAAACAAAAACGCUCCAGACAAGGCGCCAACUUCAACUACUACUCCCAUUGAUCAACAACCACCUGAAGUGUCUCCUGUUGCGAGUUCCCUUCGUGCUGCAUCCUAUCGACAACUAUCAAGCAGUUAUUCCCAAUUGAACAGUUUUCAUACCUCACGUUCGAGAAAGCCUCUGACCAAUAAGGAUGCUUUGGAGUUAAACAAAUGGAGGUUUAACAAAUUGAAGGAAUUCAAGGAAAGAAACAUUGAAAAGGAAAAUGAAGCCUUCGAUCGGUACAUGCAGAACAUAAGCUUGCUCGAGGAGACAUUCUCUAUGAAGACCAUGCAAGCCAGCUCAUCUCAAGAUAGAACCGCCCUACCAGAUCCCAUGGUUAGCGAGAACCUCAGAAAGAGGAAACUACAUGUUAUUGACCAAGGACUGAAGAAGCUCGAGGAGAGUGAGAUCAACGGUGAUCGAAGACCAGAAAAGGUGAAGAAUUGGUCGGAGAGGGCUUCAGCUUUCAACGAUCUGAUCGAGAAGUUGAAUAAAGCUCGAAAUGAGGAUGAUAUCAAAUCUUGUUUGGAGAUGAAGGCCGAGCUCUUUGGUGGCGGUUGUGCAGCUUUGGUUGAUGAACCUGUGGCUCAAACUAGCUGGAUUGAGGCGGGGUCAAGCAAGGGUAUGGAUUGUUUCUCUCAGAAUGUACUUAGACCGGUAGAGAUUGAUCCAGAAAUUGUUAGCAAGGUUAACGUGCAUUUCAUGUCGCUCCAAAAGAUAGCAAGUUUAUGACGUUAUUUUGAUGGUUCUAGGUUGAUUUGCGUAUGAACGAGAGGCCAAAUUUGUAUCCGUGUAAUUGAAGUGUUUUGGCUCGGUAACUUCUCUUGUCAAUGUUUAGGAGAGUAGGGAGGGAGGGAGCAUAGGUUUGCUGCAUGUCCUGGUAAUGUGAGUUGUGGUUGACGAUGGACUAGACCAAGUAUAAGACUUCAUUUUGAUUCCUCACAAAUAUGUUAGGUUCGAAUUUUGUGUUUCUUGGUCUCUUAUGUUAAGUUAUAGAUGAAUUUUUCAAGGUUUUGUACGUUGCCAUUUAAUAUAGUUCGUGUCAAAUAGAAGAAAAACAAUUGAAGUC